AUGGCAACUCCACAGAUCCAGCGACUUCUAGUCGCCAACAGGGGCGAGAUUGCCGUGCGCAUCCUCCAAGCUGCCCGCGAGGUGUCGCCGUCUCUAGAGACAUUUGCCCUGUAUACAGGGGACGACCGGUCGCACUGCGACCUGGGCCGGCCUCACCACGCCCUGCGCGUCCCCUCGGCCGCCGCGUAUCUGGACAUCGCGCUGCUGGUUGAGCUCGCCCGACAGCACAAGAUCGACACAAUCCAUCCGGGGUAUGGAUUCUUGAGCGAAAGUGCCGAGUUCGCGAGCCGCAUGCAGGAGGCCGGCAUCACCGUGAUCGGUCCCGGCCCCGUAACGCUCGCACGCACAGGCGAUAAACUCCAAGCCAAGCAGCUCGCAAUGGAAUGCAACGUUCCUGUUCUGCCGGCAAUGGAGCGCCCCACGGCUGACGCUACUGAAAUCCGCGCCUUUGCGCGGCGUGUCGGGUAUCCCGUCAUGAUCAAGGCUGUCGAUGGCGGCGGCGGACGCGGGAUCCGGCUGGUUCGGCGGGACGAGGAGCUGGAAAACGCCGUGCGUGGAGCGAUGGGCGAGUCGCCCUCGCAGACAGUGUUUGUGGAAAAGGCCGCCGUGGACGGGUACCAUCACAUUGAGGUGCAAGUGGUGGGCGAUGGGACGGACGUGCGCCAUCUCUGGGAAAGAGAUUGUAGCGUCCAACGGCGGUUCCAGAAGGUCAUCGAGAUCGCGCCGUCGCUCAUGCAGAACCGUCCACUUAUCCAGCAGGUGGUUGAUGCCGCGUUGCGCAUGGCGAGGGCCAUCAACUAUCGCUCCCUGGGCACGGUCGAGUUCCUGGUACAUGAGCAGCAGAAGGAGUUCUACUUCUUGGAGAUCAACCCCCGUCUGCAGGUUGAGCACACCAUCACGGAGAACGUGACUGGCUUCGACCUUGUCCAGACGCAGCUCCGUCUUGCUCAGGGCCAGACGCUGGCUCAGGUUGGCCUGGGAACGAACCCUCCCACCCCCGUGGACACGCACUCAAUUCAACUCCGACUGUGCUCUGAGGACCCACGACGGAAUUUUUCGCUGAGCCUGGGGAAGGUCACCGAGUUCAGCGUGCCUGGCGGCCACGGUGUCCGCGUAGACACCCAUGUCGACAUGUCUGGUGCCGUUCCAGUCGUGGUGGGCGCGAACUUUGACAACCUGCUGGCCAAGAUCAUCGUCACCGCAUCUAGCUGGGAGGCGGUCGUCUUCAAGGCGCGCCGCGUGCUGGCCGAUACGAGGAUUGCAGGCGUCCAGACCAACCUGGAUCUGUUGCGCGGCAUCGUCGCACAAAUUGACUUCCUGAGCGGACGCAUCGACACCCAGUGGCUAGAGGCCCAUCUCCAGGUGUCGCUCGACCAGGGCGAGAAGAUUUCGCAGUCUGUUCGUCGCGACCGGUCGACGCAGCCGUCGCGCACGUCGGCCAUUCCCAGCAUGCCGGCGUCGAGCUUGUUGUUCCGCGGCGGCGACGCAUGGUCUAUCAAGCUGGAGCCUCUCGCAGGCUCGGAUCAAUCCCCCCAACAGCAUCAUUUCCAGCUGAAACGCGUGCUACAGAACGACUUCCCCUCCUCGCUGGUGGCGGAGAUCGAAUACACCACGCCCACGUCGGCCACGGCGUACAAGUUACACUUGGCCACUACGUCUACCGCGGCGAACGCCCUGGUCUCAUCAUCGCACCGUCGCGGCGAUCCCAACAACCCCCGUCACAUCGUACUCCCCCUCUCUGGAAAGCUGAUCGAAGUGCUAGUUGGACCUGGCGAGGUCGUGGCAGAGAACCAAGUGCUGGCGUUUGUCAAGCAGAUGAAGAUGGAGUUGGAAGUGCGCAGUCCACGCGCCGGACGCGCCGGCUGGGUGUAUGAGAUGGAGGACGAAGAAGAAGAUGUUGCAGAAGGCAUGCUCCUGGUGGAGCUGGAGGAGGACCUCCGGGGGAAGUUAUAA